AUGAUCCGUUUAGUCACUUGUAUCAUCAUUGCAUCAGCUGCUUCCAUCUUCGGAUCUCUUUGUGUUUCUGUGUCGAUUUUGGUAGGAAUCAAUGAGUUUCACAACGAAAUUUUCGAUGAUUUGGGGGAUUUCAGAGGAUAUUUUGACGACGCCUGGAAAACAAUGCACGUUUCAGAAGGGAAUUCGAUGAGAAUUCUAACGAGAAGAGAUUUGGGAAGGGAAAGGAAGCAAGCUGGUUAUGAAUUCGAUGGUGGCGCUUCUGUUGCUGGUGGCCAAUCUCAACAAUGCAACUGCGCCCAACCUACCUCCAAUUGUCCACCAGGUCCCCCAGGUCCUAUUGGAUCUCCAGGAGAUCCAGGAACACCUGGAGAACCUGGAACUGAUGGUGGACCAGGAAUGGAUGCAAUGCGUCAAAUGGCUAUGGAAGCCACCAAUGGAGAAUGUGUGAAGUGUCCGGCUGGACCACCUGGAGCUCCUGGACCAGAUGGACCUCCCGGAUAUGAUGGGCAGAUUGGACUACCAGGAAAACCAGGGGAUGGGCCAAAUCCAGGACUUCCAGGACCUCCUGGCCCACCAGGUCCUCCCGGACCAGAUGGACGUCCAGGUUGUGAAGGUAAAAGUGGAAUACCUGGAGAGUUUGGACAACAUUCCGUAAAUCUUCCUGGUCCAGUUGGACCUCCCGGACCACCAGGCCCACCGGGUCCAGAUGGUAUUCCUGGAGAAAGUACACAAGGAGAUCCAGGACAAGUCGGACCAAUGGGAGCACCAGGGAAUCCAGGAAAACCAGGAGAUGAAGGGUCGCCAGGAGUUCUUGGAGAUGAUGGACAACCUGGGCAAGACGCGCAAUAUUGUCCAUGUCCACCGAGAACACCGAUUGGAGAAGGAGCCGAUGAGAAGACCGAUGGUGGCGGAUAUUUCUUCUUCAAGUCUUGA